UCUCCGUCCGCAAUCUUUCUCAGUCUCUCUUCUCUUCGCAAAUACUUUUUUCAUUCAUUCACUCGAUUCUCAGAAAUGGGCUCUGGUCAAGACUACUGCAUUUGUACCCAUAGAUGUCCCCAUCUUAUCAUUUCUUUCUUCUUUCUUCUGGUUUCAAGCUCGACCCAAGUGAGAUUAAUGGCAGAAGGUAGAGCGGAUUUGAAAAUGAUCGAGGUUACUCAGAUGGGUAACGAAGAGAAAGCAGUGGUGAGAAGUCAUAUUGGUUCAAGGCCUCCAAAAUGCGAGAAGAAGUGUAGCUCUUGUGGGCACUGUGAAGCAGUUCAAGUUCCUGCAGUUCCACAACAAAGAAGCAGCAUUAACAGUAGACAUUCCUCUAAAGUGUCAACCAUAGCCUACUCCAGAGGUGAAGAUAACUCAAACUACAAACCCAUGAGUUGGAAGUGCAAAUGUGGGGAUAUUAUCUUCAAUCCAUGAUUGAACAAAAACCAUAAUUCAUAUCAGGAAAUCCAUUCUGAAUUGUGGAUAUGAAUGACACCUCAUCCGAACAUUCUUU